AUGCAGCUACCUGCCCUUUAUCAUCAGAGUGAUGCAGAGUCUGCGUUGCGUUUAUCAACACAAGCAAUAUCCUACGCUUCAUCGACGAAGUCUGGGCACAAGGCAGCCAAAAUAUCCAGGAGAAAAUAUGUGCAAGCUAUAAGAGCAGUUGAAAAGGCGAUUCGAAACCCAGUCGAGGUUAAAAAAGAUGAAACCUUGUAUGCAGUUCUUCUCUUGUGUGGAUACGAGGUCAGUCCUCCUGGGCUUUCUAGGGCAUUUGGUACUAAGAUGAUGCUAACUACGAGUGUGAAGACGAUAAUGGGUGAUUCGGAACAGCUCCUAGCCUGGGGAACACACGUUGAUGGCGCCGCUGCCUUGGUGAAAAUCCGUGGUAAUGAAGCGUUGAGUUCGCCAGUUUCACGCAGUAUGUUUUUCUUCGUUCGGAAAAACAUGAUUUUAAGUCAUAUGCAGACCUCUCGACCUCUCGACACUGUUUUCAUAGAACGAAACUCGAUUACAUAUUUGCACGAGAAUGUCGAAGAUCAACUAAUUUCAAAGACGACCAGAAUCCCCCAGCUUCAACACCAAGCCAACAGUCUUCUUAUCGAUCCAAAUUGUAAUAGUAGGGGUAGUUUGGUCGAGAAGCUUAUUAGUGCCGCGAGAAUCCUGGACCGCGAGCUUUUAGAUUGGGCUGGGAAUGUUCCUAUCUCAUGGAAAUAUUCCACCGCAACAAACCUUCACCCAUCCCCGCAUUCAGGUUUCAUCCCGCACCAUCUACACCGAUACGUAGAUUUCUACACGGCGCGGGGAGUAGUGCGUCAUCAGUACCAGAAGAGCAGCGGAGGUGGAUGCGCGAGCAGCUAA